AGUCUUGUUGUAAGGGUAAUAAUUCCCUCUUUCGGAAUAGUAUUUACGACUCUCAAUUCUCUGUUCAACAUCUGUUUCGACCACGGCGUAAUUAUCCGACGAGAAUAUGAAUCAUAACCAGCAGCAGCAGCAGGGAAAUGAAGUUAGACAUGAUGACGAAAAUGCUCUCUCGGAUUUUCUUGCUUCGUUAACGGACUACACUCCUACUAUUCCUGAUGAACUGGUGGAACAUUACUUAGCCAAGAGUGGAUUUCAAUGCCCAGAUGUUCGAAUAACCAGGCUGGUAGCUGUUGCUGCUCAGAAGUUUGUUUCGGAUGUUGCAACUGAUGCUCUUCAGCAUUGCAAGGCUAGACAGGCAACUAUUGUUAGGGACAAAAAAGACAAGCAGCAAAGGGAAAAGCGCCUGAUUAUGAACAUGGAAGAUCUCUCCAAGGCUCUUCAAGAGUAUGGCGUAAAUGUUAAGCAUCAGGAGUAUUUUGCUGAUAACCCUUCAGCUGGACUAGAAUCUGUUUCAAGGGAUGAAUAAGCUGCUGAAUAUCUCCAGGAGAAUGUUUGAUCUUAUGGGUUUGUUGUCAUGCUUUAAGCACAGUUAGUUGCUUUUUGUUAAAAACUGAAUGAAUCUGUAAAUACUGAAUGAUUAAAGUUGUGACUCAUUAAGAUCUGAGCUUGCAUGAA